AUGUCUGAGAUCAUCGACCUUGGAAGGCCUGCAGCUACAAUCCUGGCGCAGACGUGGGACUUUCUGACCACCUGGAUAUCUGACAGCCGCCAUAACUCCAACACCCUUGAUAAGGCACUGCAGCAGGCCUUCGAUCCCGCACGCUGGUUAUUCGGCCCCGCCGCCCUGCUUGUCUCUGGCAUCCAUGUGGCUCUGGCCGCUAGUCAGGUUGACAAUAACAGCUUGCUUGGCCUCUUCUGCAACUACCGCGGUGCUAGCUAUGCCCGGAUGCAAUCCGCAUACAAGCUCUUCCUACCGGAAGAGCGGGAGCCACUCCUAUAG